AUGGCUAAACGCAUAACAGAUUUUUUUGGAGUAUCCUCAAAAAAACAAAAACCUUCUAAUUCUGAAUCUUAUAUUUUACCUCAAAAUGUACCUGCUGAAGCUUCAAAUUCUAAUACUUCUUUAACUAUAAAUCAAGUAGAGGGUUUAAUUGAUUGCCCUUCAUCGAGUUCAGAAUGGUACAAAGGGUUCAAGUUAGAUGCUAAUUGGUUAAUUCAAACAUUCGAAUUUUUGAAGAAAGUAAAAUUAGGAAAACGAUCAGGUAUUCNAAAUGUACCUGCUGAAGCUUCAAAUUCUAAUACUUCUUUAACUAUAAAUUAAGUAGAGGGUAUAAUUGAUUGUCCUUCAUCGAGUGGUACAUCAUCAAUGGUACAAAGGGUCCAAGUUAGAUGCUAAUUGGUUAAUUAAAACAUUCGAAUUUUUGAAGAAAGUAAAAUUAGGUAAACGAUCAGGUAUUCAAUGUAUUUUAUGUUUUAUUCAAAUUUCACAAUCCAAAAAGUUGUCUCGCAACGGACAAGUUCCAAUAGCCGACGGGAUUAGAUGUGAUGGAAAAAAAGAACUCAUGAGAAUUGUAGACUAUUUAAAAUAG